CUCCAGUGUUUGAUGCUGAUUGGUCAGAAUUGAGAGGUGACGUUAUUUUCGUCACAUCAGACGCUUAUCUUUUAUGGUGAAGAGUCUUGACUGGCAUUAUUGUUCAACCCACCUUAAAGACUGUCGCUCGCUGACAAAAAAAAAGUAUUCCAAACAAAACACUCAACUGUAGAUGGUUUACUGUAAUGAGAGUUAAACUCGUAUUUUAUGGAUAAUUGUGCGCCUGUGCUGUGAUAAAACAUUUACGUUGGAGACAGUGUAUGACCUUCGCUAUACGGACAACCACGCCGUUGUAUCUGUUUGGCGAGGGUGGUGUUGAAGCAUGGACGAUCACCAAACAAUGAUGCACCCAGUUUCACAGAAUCCCACGGUUGGUAUGGGAGGUAAUGUAAUACCUCAACAUACUUAUGGUAUGGAUUCUUCGAAUCAACCGCACACGGCAGAUCAAGAAGUCCGUAAACAUGAUAUAUCGGAAAUACUCCAACAAAUCAUGAACAUCACAGAUCAGAGUCUCGACGAAGCUCAAGCGAGAAAACAUACGUUGAAUUGCCAUAGAAUGAAACCAGCUCUUUUCAGUGUUUUAUGCGAAAUCAAAGAAAAAACAGUUCUAAGUCUACGUAACACACAAGAAGAUGAACCCCCUGACCCACAGUUAAUGAGACUAGACAACAUGUUAAUAGCAGAGGGAAUCACAGGUCCCGAGAAAGGUGGCGGCGCUGUUGCAGCAACUAAUGCGUCGGCAGCGGCCUCUGGUGGACCAGGCCAGCUUGAUCAUACGAUAGAACAUUCAGAUUACAGAUCUAAGCUAACACAGAUUAGACAGAUUUAUCAUCAAGAACUCGAAAAAUAUGAACAGGCAUGCAGCGAGUUUACAGCCCAUGUUAUGAACCUAUUAAGAGAGCAGAGCCGGAAUCGACCAAUCACGUCUAAAGAAAUUGAACGGAUGGUUCACAUUAUCCACCGAAAGUUCAACUCGAUCCAAGUCCAGCUGAAACAGAGUACGUGCGAAGCAGUCAUGAUCCUGAGGUCCAGGUUUCUGGAUGCCAGGAGAAAGAGGAGAAAUUUUAGUAAACAAGCCACAGAGGUCCUCAACGAGUACUUUUAUUCACACCUUAGUAACCCCUACCCCAGUGAAGAGGCCAAAGAGGAACUAGCCAAGAAAUGUGGAAUUACAGUUUCCCAGAUCUCUAAUUGGUUUGGCAACAAACGGAUCAGGUACAAGAAGAACAUUGGUAAAGCACAGGAGGAAGCCAAUAUGUACGCAGCCAAGAAAGCCGCAGCUGUAGGUGGCGCUUCCGCGUACGCCAUGAUAUCGAGCCAAGGACAGAUGAUCAGUCCACCUCCACCACCAGGAGCAGUGCCAUCUAGUGACGGAAUGUAUUCUAUGAGCAUGAACGGUAGCGACUCCUACCAGUCUGUCCCCUCAGUGGGUGCUAGUAUCCAACCACAGCCGAGAUCCACAUUCGACCCUUUACGACAACUAAAUUACUCUGAUGAUCCUCGUGCACUUUACACGCUGCUUCGUGAACGAGCAUCACGUCAGUUAGCCAGUCCGUAAAUCCCUCAACUUCUCUGUCACAACGACAACUAGGAUGUUCCAAACUACCGGGAGGGCUACUCACGGGACAGCACGUCGCCACCCCAUACUGUUGGUAGAGCAGAAGAUCAACCAGCCAGGCUACAUUAGAGAACCGGUGGUUCCUCCUUCAGUAACUCAUUGUACACUGUUACACUAAAACCAACCUGAGUAACUGUGUAAAGUAUGAAUGUAAAUUAACGCUACAGAUGAAGGCAAACAAAGAUUUGGUUCACGCCCACAUGUCCAUGAAUAUGUAGAUUAACAAAUAAUUAUUGUCGAACACAGUCACUAAAACUA